AUGGCACCGCAUCAGAUCAUCCUCCUCUGCUCCUUGGCUUUGCCAGCUUGGGCUGGGAUUAACAUCCCAGCGCACGAGCGUCAGUGCGAUGGGGCCACAUGGGUAUGCAGAAUCGUCUGCAGUCAAGGCAUGCUCGGAGGCAAAGGCCAGAAAGCAAACUGGUGCGUCGCAAAGCAUUGCACCAGGCAAAAAGCCGUUGCUGCGAACAUGAUUGCGGCCGGCCAGGACUAUUGCUCCAAGAACACUUGCUUCAUCCAGGAGACCGAAGCGAUCGGCUUGUUGCAGAGGCCCCAGCAAGGCCGACUGGCUUUAACCCAGGUCAAUGCCACCACCGAUUGCCUUGACGAGAAGGCAGUGUGCGGCAAGUUCUGCGAUGGAUUGAACUCUCCCAAAGACUUCUGCAUGCCCAAGUGCCUCGACAAUGUGCAUGUCAUCGCAGAUGCCAUGAAGGAGUACUGUGAUGAAUGUGGUUCGCCACCGGACUACACGACCACCACAGAGAAGGAGUACAAGACAACAACGGAGAAGACCACGACCACGGAAGAGCCGACGACCACCACCGAGGAGCCCACGACCACGACCACGGAAGAGCCCACGACCACGACCGAGGAGCCCACGACAACAGAGAAGCAGUACAAGACGACAACGGAGGAGGAAGAGACCACCACCCCUGCGUAUCCUCCCAAGAAAGAUGACGAUGACGAUACCGACGACAAGAAGAACGACGACAAGGAUGGUCGCCGCCGCCGCAAGGACGACGGUCGCCGCCGCCGCAAGGAUGAC